AUGCAGCAACAACCAAAAGACAUGCUACUUUAUCAGCAAGUCAAAAAAGGGAAUAUCGAAAAGAUUAGAGCUCUUAGACGGGAAGGUGUUGGUCUUGAGUGGGUUGACAAACAAGGAAAUACUCCCUUAAUGGUUGCAUGCAUGGAUCCUAAGCUUAUUAAUGUUGUCAAAACUCUGAUUGAACUUGGCGCUGAUGUGAAUGCCUCCCCCCCUAGCUCUCAUGGAGGUACUCCUAUACGUAACGCUGCAUUGAGAGGCCUUGACCAGGCUGUUAGGUUACUUUUUACGCAUCGUCCGCAUGGAGACGUUGUCGGAUCAUUCAAUUCGUUUUGGGAUAAUUAUUUGAUGUAUGACAUUGUAAUUCUCCCAGAAACAGUUUCAACUCCAAUCAACGGUACAUACUCCGCACUUGAUAUACUGCGAGGAGAUUGUCGUUCGGGAAUGUUGUUCGGGAAAUCGAGUUGGGCUGUGAUUAUCUAUUGUUCUAGUCAAUCUCAAUCUGGUGCUACGUUGGAGCUUCGUAUAUAUCACAGUGCACAGGAUGCCCAACCUCGUGAAGUUAUUUCACUUGCGGAAGCCAAGCUUGAGAAACCAAAUCCUUAUCAUGCACAACCAUCCGUAGGCAUUGUUGGCAAGUCAUCAGAUAUUUUGGAAGCAUGGCUUCUUAAUUGUGUAGCUAGAUCAAGAUCAUCAUCAGCUCAUGCUGGUGCACAUCCUCCACAACCAAACAGUCUCCCUCAAGUUCCAGCAAACCCACCAUCUUUGACCUCAGAAGAUGAAGACAUAGAAUUGGCUAUGGCACUAAGUGCAUCUCUUCAGUUACAAUACAUUCUGGAUUCAAAUAUCAGUCCGAGUUCUGGGUCAAGAAUGUGGGAGUGUUUGUCCUUUCAGAAAGUCCUUUCAGAAAGUUCUAGCAAUCCGGCAGAAACUACUAGCAUUCCUUCAGAAGAGAUGGAAGAUGACAAAAUGAGUUAUGCAUCAAUAAUUUUUGGUGGGCAUCAUGAACCAACCAAUGUCCGCCCUAUCGACAUGUCUACUGCGACAACCGCUGACCAUAAACCAGCAAAAACCGGAGCAGUGCUGACUGAUGAUGUAGGUGAUACAACCUCAUGUAUAAUAUGUUUUGAUGCUCCGCGCGAGGGAGCUUGUAUUCCAUGUGGUCACAUGGUUGGAUGUGUGUCUUGUUUGAACGAAAUCAAAAUGAAGAAGUGGGGUUGUCCUGUUUGCCGUAGAAAGAUAGAUGGAGUUAUUAGGAUCUACAAUGUUUGA